CUUACACCAGUAUCAUUGGUAUAUCCUUCUGCAUGGCAGAAACACCAUUUGUCCUCUCGGUGUCUGAUAUCGAUUUGCAGGUUUUGCAUACCAAGCUCGAUGAAGCACGACUUCCAGAUGAACUCGAAGGUGCUGAAUGGCUCUACGGGGCCCCACUUGCUGAUAUCAAGAGGUUGCUCGCGAGGUGGAAGGACGGCUUCGAUUGGCGUGCAGCUGAGGAAAAGACCAACACUAUUCCUCAAUUCACCAGAGACAUUGAAGUCGAUAGGUUCGGCACACUCAAUAUCCACUAUAUCCACCAGAAGAGUAAGGUGAAGAACGCCAUUCCAUUAUUCUUUUCUCAUGGUUGGUCAGGACACUUCUUGGAAGUGUCGAAAAUGCUUCCUUUGCUGAUCGCUGCUGGGGAGGGCUGUCCAAGCUUCCAUGUCGUUGCGUACAGUCUCCCUGGAUUCGGACUUUCUGAUGCACCAAAGAAGAAAGGCUUCGGGCUCAACCAAUAUGCUGAGAUUGCUCAUAAACUCAUGCUUGCGCUAGGAUACAACGAAUAUGUUGCUCAGGGCGGAGAUUGGGGGUUUCGCAUUUCUCGAAAGCUGGCAGCUCUGUAUGGAGUAAAACAUGUGAAGGCAUGGCAUACCAACUUUCCUGUCGCUGACAAGCCCACCCUCACCAAUUAUCCGGUAUUGUGGCUCAAAGACCAAAUCACGCCGUUGACUGCACAGGAACGGGAACGCUUCCAGCACGCAGCCGACUUCAACAAACGAGGAACGGGUUAUUAUGUUGAACAAUCUACGACUCCCCAAACGAUUGGUUACUCACUGGCAGAUUCUCCUGUGGGUCUUUUGGCGUGGAUAUACGAGAAACUCAUUCUCUGGACUGAUCACUAUCCCUGGACUGACGAUGAAGUUUUAACCUGGAUCUCCAUCUAUUGGUUCUCUCGAGCGGGACCUGCAGCUUCCCUUCGAAUUUACUUCGAAUUCCAAACAGAUGAGGGCCAAGCGGAUUGGGCGGAUACCAAGAUAUCCCCAAUUCCAUUUGGAGUCUCCCUCUUCCCUGCAGAUCACAUCGCCGUUCGUGAUUUUUGGGCGAGUGAACUCGGGUACCUCGUAUUCAAGGCAAAUCAUAGUGAGGGCGGUCACUUCGCCGCAUAUGAACAACCCGAACGUCUAGCGGGUGAUUUAAGGAGGAUGUUUGGAAGAGAUGGUCCUGCGCUCGGUGUCAUCCGUGGCAAGGAUGGUUAUGCAUCGUAAAAUUUCGUAGAUACUUUUAUUGGCGUAGUCGAGACGAUGAAAGUACCAUAAUAUUCAUG